CCUUCGAAGCCUGCGCGCCCUCUCCGCCCCGACGCGCUGGGAGGAGGCCGGGGCGCGCGCCCCCAAGCGCCCUGGGCCCGGACCCCCCGGCCAGACCGCGCGCGGGGGACCCUGGAGUUGGCCAAGUGCGGGUUCGUAGGGGCGGGAGGGGGGGGGACACCUCGGCAGCCAGGACCCGGGACCACCUUAACGGAGAGCCCCGCCCCGCGCCCGGCUCGCGCGGCGCUGAUUGGUGCGCAGGCAAUGGCUGCAAUUGAUUGCUGAAAUGCAAAACUUGUUGCUGCUUCUCUCCGCGCCGGGCGAGAGGCAGACACCGAGGAGAGGGGAGCGGAGACCCUCGGAGCGCCCCACGCAGCGCCCCCCACCCCGCCACCCCCCGUGAGCCAGGAGAGAGGGGCGCGCGGACCCCCCAGAGCCGCCCCCGCCCCCGCAGCCCGCGCUCCGGGAGCUCCGCGGGAACGCCCGAGCCGGCUCGCCCGGUGUGGUCCUCCAGCCCGCGGACGCCCCCCGCCCGUCCCGGGUCCGAGCGAGGGGGGACUCGCGGAGCAGCUCAGCAGCGCGGAGGCAGAGAGCCCGAGCCUCGGAGAGACCCGACCCCUCGUUUUCGCCGCCCGUCCGAGCUGGAACCGGGCGCCGAGACCCCCGCGAACUCAGGAGACCGGACCGCGCGGAGGACCCAGAGCUGCAGCCGGCGGACCUGGCAGCGGAGCGGCGCGCGGGGGUGCAGCGCACCGGCCCCGGAGCGGAGGGGACGGUGCCUCCCCCCGACCCCCACCCCCUGCAACCCACGGGUCCAACCCCGGGUGCCCGCUGCGCCCUCGGCUCGGGGCAGCCGGCGCGGGUGAUGCCGAGCGGAGCCGCCUCCAGCCCUCCGACCCGCUGAAGAAGAGACAGCAGCCGCUUCUGCUCGGGGCCGACAGACAGGGACUGUGCGAGCGGAUCGUGUUGGCGGCGGCGGCGGCUCGAGCUGCACGGAGCGCGCGCGCGAGGACUCCGGGGGAGCGGGGAGGGCCGGCUCCGUCCGCGCCCCGGCGCCGGCCGCGGCUUUAGAGGGGUCUCUCCGCCCGGCCCCCCAGCAGCUCGGCUCCGGACUCACUCCCAGAGGCUUCGGGCGGCUUCCCGGGGCUCCCCGCCCGGGACCCGUGUGGACUUGAGAAGGUGAUCGCUCUGCUUUCCCUGCCUCCGACCCUCCUGCCUCCUUCUCUCCCCCUCACCGCCCCCCGCACUGAACUUUUUGUCUCCGCUGCUCGCCUGCAGCUCUGCUCCCUCCCCGCAAACCUGUGCCACCCGCCCGGGGCAUGGGCCCUCCGACCCGGCUCCCGGAGGCCCCGCGGAGCCGCACGAUGUGAGAGGCCCGCGUGGGGCAGAGCCGGAGCUCCGGGAGGGAAGCGGAGAAGCGGAGGAGCCCCAGCCUGCGCCGGCCGGGAGCGGGGGCGGCGCGCACUGCGGCCCCGGGCCCCGGGGGCCGGAGCGGGUAGCUAACGGGCCGGAGGAGGAGGCGCGCGGCGGCGGCGGCGAGCAGGCUGUCAUGCCCUAUUGAUCCCCCCGCACCCCCCGCCGCCAAGUAUGUUUGGGCUGGACCAGUUCGAGCCCCAGAUCCCCCACAGCAGGAGCGCUGCCGCCGGCCAGGGCGAGAGGAACUUCCACGAGGCCGGACUGAGCAUGAACACCCACUUUAAGGCGCCGGCUUUCCACGCGGGGGGCCCUCCCCCGGGCGCCGUGGACCCCGCCCUGAGCGCGCUGGGCGAGCCCCCGCUCCUGGGCAUGAACAUGGAGCCGUACGGCUUCCACCCCGCGCCGCGCGGCCACUCCUCGGAGCUGCACGCCGCGGGGGGGCUGCAGGCGCAGCCGGCGGUGCACGGCUUCUUCGGGGGCCAGCAGCCGCCGCCGCACCAGCACCACCACGGCCACCCCCACCCCCACCAGCACCACCCUCACUUCGGGGGCAACUUCGGGGGCCCGGACCCGGGGGCCUCCUGCCUGCACGGGGGCCGCCUGCUCGGCUACGGCGGCGGCGGCGGUGGCGGCGGCGGUGCAGGCGGAGGCCUGGGCAGCCAGCCGCCCUUCGCCGAGGGUUACGAUCCGAUGGCGGAGAGCCCGGGGCCUGAGAGCUUCGGCCCCCCGCCGCAGCGGCCCCCCGGGGGGACCCUCCCGGACUUCCACAGCUCGGGGGGCGCCUCGGGCCACGCCGUGCCGGCCCCGUGCCUGCCGCUGGACCAGAGCCCCAACCGGGCCGCCUCCUUCCACGGCCUCCCCGCCUCCAGCGGCUCCGACGCGCACAGCCUGGAGGGCCGGAGGGUGGCGACCCAAGGAGCCGUCGUCGACUCGCUGGAAUACAGUUACCCGGGCGAGGCGCCCUCGGGACACUUCGACAUGUUCUCUUCGCCCUCGGAGGCCGAGGGGCAGCUGCCUCAUUACGCGGCGGCGGCGGCGGGGCGCCAGGUUCCGGGGGGCGCUUUCCCCGGGGCCUCGGCGGCGGCGCUGCCCAGGGCUGCGGGCAUGGUGGGCUUGUCCAAGAUGCACGCCCAGCAGCAGCAGCAGCAGCAGCACGGCGGCGUCUUCUUCGAGAGGUUCGGCGGGGCCCGCAAGCUGCCGGUGGGCUUGGAGCCGAGCGGGGUAGCCUCCAGGCACCCCCUGAUGCAGCCCCCGCCGCAGGCCCCGCCGCCCCCGCCGCAGCAGCAGCCCCCGCAGCAGCCUCAGCAGCCGCCGCCUCCGCAGCAGCAGCAACAGCAGCAGCAGCCGCCGCCCGGGCUCCUGGUCCGACAGAACUCGUGCCCACCCGCGCUCCCGCGGCCCCAGCCCGGCGAGGCGGGCACCCCCGGCGGCGGCGGCGGCGGCCUGCAAGACGGGGGGCCCCUGCUGCCCAGCCAGCACGCGCAGUUCGAGUACCCCAUCCACCGGCUGGAGAACCGGAGCAUGCACCCUUACUCGGAGCCCGUGUUCAGCAUGCAGCAGCAGCAGCAGCAGCACCCUCCUCCUCUCCCUCCCCCGCAGCAGGCGCCCCACCAGCGGCUGCAGCAUUUCGACGCGCCCCCCUACAUGAGCGUGGCCAAGAGGCCGCGCCUGGACUUCCCGGACCGCUGCGCCUCGUGGAGCGGCGGCGGCGGCGGCGGCGGCGGCGGCGGCCUGGACAACCACCUCUCGCCCUCGGCCUAUCCGGGCCUCCCCGGCGAGUUCACGCCGCCGGUGCCCGACAGCUUCCCCGCCGGGCCGCCCCUGCAGCACCCGGGCCCGGACCCCCAGGCCCUGCAGCACCAGCAGCACCAGCAGCAGCAGCAGCAGCAGCGCCAGAACGCGGCCCUCAUGAUCAAGCAGAUGGCAUCGCGCAACCAGCAGCAGCAGCAGCGGCUGCGCCCGCCCAGCAGCCUGGCCCCGCUCGGCCACCCGGGGGACGUGGGCCCGGGCGGCCUGGUGCACGGCUUGGCCCAGCCGAGCUUUGAGCGCGAAAGCGGCGGCGGAGGGGGUGCGGGGCGCCUGGGCGCCUUCGAGCAGCAGCACUUGGCGCCGGAGAGCGCGUGGUUCCCGGGUCCCCACGCGCCCCCGGGGGACCUGCUGGCCCGCCGCAUGGGGGGCGGCGCGGGGCUGCAGCCCGCGGACUGCGGCGGCGGCGGCCCGCACGACCCCGGCCUGGCGCCGCCACCCCCUCCUCCUCCGCCCGGCGGCGGCGGCGGCUCGGGGGGCGUGCUGUUCCGGGGUCCCCCCCUGCAGGAGCCGCUGAGGAUGCCCGGGGAGGGCCACGUGCCCGCGCUGCCCUCCCCGGGCGGCGGCGGCCUGCAGUUCGGGGGCGGCCUGGCCGGCCUGGGGCAGCUGCAGUCGCCGGGGGCGGCGGGCGGCGUGGGGCUGCCUAGCGCGGCGCCCUCGGAGCGCAGGCCCCCUCCUCCGCCCGAUUUCGCCGCGUCCGCGCUCGGGGGCCAGCCGGGCUUCCCGUUCUCCAGCCGGCAGGCCACCCCGCACGGCGGCCCGGGCGUGAGCUCGCCCCCGAGCGCCGGGGGCGGCGGCACCGGAGGCGGAGGCACCGGGGGCGCGUACCCGCCGCAGCCCGACUUCCCGGCCGGCCAGCGCGCCUCGGCCAGCAAGCUGGGCGCGCUCUCGCUCGGCUCCUUCAGCAAGCCCAGCUCCAAGGACAACCUGUUCGGCCAGAGCUGCCUGGCCGCGCUCUCCACCGCCUGCCAGAACAUGAUCGCCAGCCUGGGCGCCCCCAACCUCAACGUGACCUUCAACAAGAAGAACCCGCCCGAGGGCAAGAGGAAGCUGAGCCAGAACGAGGCCGCCGAGGGCGCGGCGGCGGUGGCCUGCAACCCAGGCUCUGAUUACUACCCGGGAGGAGGAGGAGGAGGAGGGACUGCUCCGGGGGCCCCGGGGCCUGGGGGAGGACCCCCGGGGACCAGUAGCAGCAGCAACAAAACCUCUGGGCCGCCCAACCCUGCCUCCCAGGGGGACAGCACCAGCCUCUCCCCAAACUACACCCUGGAGUCCACGUCGGGGAACGACGGCAAGCCGGUCCCCGGGGGCAGUGGCCGGGGCCGGGGGCGCAGAAAAAGGGACAGUGGGCACGUGAGCCCGGGGACCUUUUUUGAUAAGUACUCGGCGGCCCCACCCCCGGACAGCGGGCCCGGGGUCAGCCCAGGCCAGCAGCAGCCUCAGCAGCCUGGCUCGGCCCUGGGGGGAGGCUCCACCGAGGCCCGCGGGGCGCCCACGCCCCAUGAGAAAGCGCUCACCUCGCCCUCCUGGGGCAAAGGGGCCGCAGAACUGCUGCUGGGGGACCAGCCGGACCUCAUGGCCUCCCUGGACGGCGGUGGUGGCGGUGCCAAGUCCGACGGCAGCUCCCCGCACGUCGUGGGCGAGUUCGCCUCCUCGGACGAGGUGAGCAGCAGCGGCUACGCCAACAACGAGGACGAAGUGUCAUCCAGCUCGGACAACCCCCAAGCCCUGGGGGCCAAAGCCGCCACCGGCAGGAGCCCCCUGGUGAUGACAGGUUCGCCCAAACUGCCUCCCAAGGCGGCGCCCCCGGCCCCGCUCGGCCUGGGCAUCAUGUCUACCUCUACCUCGACCCCUGACAGCUAUGGCAGCGGCCACCCGGGCACGCCGGGCCUGGAGCAGGUCCGGACCCCGACGGGCAGCGGCGGGGGCAGCAGCAGCAGCAGCAGCAGCAGCAGCAGCGCUGGGGUGGCACCACCGCCCCCCGACGAGAUCCAUCCCCUGGAGAUCCUCCAGGCCCAGAUCCAGCUGCAGAGGCAGCAGUUCAGCAUCUCCGAGGACCAGCCCCUGGGGCUCAAGGGGGGCAAGAAGGGCGAGUGUGCCGUCGGCGGCGGGGGCGCCCAGAACGGAGACAGCGGCGAGCUGGGCGGCUGCUGCUCCGAGGCGGUCAAGAGCGCCAUGAGCACCAUCGACCUGGACUCCCUGAUGGCCGAGCACGGCGCCGCCUGGUACAUGCCCGCCGACAAGACCCUGGUGGACGGGCCCGAGGACGACAAGACGCUGGCGCCCUGGGAGAAGGCCAAGCCCCAGAACCCCAGCAGCAAAGAAGCCCACGACCUCCCCGCGAACAAGGCCCCCGCGGCCCAGCCCGGCAGCCAUCUGCAGUGCCUGUCUGUCCACUGCACAGACGACGUGGGCGACGCCAAGGCCCGAGCCUCCGUGCCCACCUGGCGGUCCCUGCACUCCGACAUCUCCAACCGGUUUGGGACGUUCGUGGCCGCCCUCACUUGAACAGACAAGAAUGCCCCCUGCCCCUGCACCAGGCCCCUCCCUCCCCUCCCCUCCCCUCCCCUCCCCUCCCCUCCCCCCCCCUCC